AUGGUGCUCCAUAAUCAUUGCAAACUCAUUCUUUUGCUUCUGAUAUGCUUGGAUUUAUGUACACACUCGAUUCCAUCUGAAAACAGUAGCAUUGUCUUGCAUGACCAAGUUGUGGUACAUGUGGGAAUCAUUCUCGACAUGGAAACAUGGAUUGUAAAGUCCAUUCACAGCUUCAUAACAAUGGCAAUCUCUGACUUUUAUGCACUUAAUUACAAAUUCAGUACGAAGAUUGUUUUCCACACAAGGGACUCCAAAGGCGACCCUUUACAAGCUGUAUCAGCUGUUCUCGAUCUUCUGAAUAACGUAAAGGUGCAAGCAAUCAUAGGCCCAGAAACAUAUCUUGAAGCAAAGUUAUUAGCCCCGAUUGCUGAUAAGGCUAAAGUUCCAAUAUUUUCAUUUGUGGAUACUCCCCCCACGGAUUAUCAAUACUUGUUUCAAAUUACAUCUGACAAAUCAAUUUUGUUUAAAACCAUUAUCACCCUUGUGGAAUCUUUCAAAUGGAAGGAUGUUAUAUUUCUAUAUGAGGAUGCUGAUUGUGGGGGCGAGAGCUUAUCACAUUUUCUUGAAUCUUUACAAGACAAAAGUAUCCGAGUCAGCCUCAGAAGUGCAGUUCCUGCAAUGGCCACUAAUGAUCAGAUCACUCAAGAGUUGCAAAAGAUCAAGAUAAGUUACACUAGGGUAAUUAUUGUACAUAUGCCGUCUUUAUUAGCAUCUAGAUUUUUGUUAAUAGCAAAAAGAUUGCAAAUGGUGAGCGAGAGGUACACUUGGAUUGUAACUUACACGACACUUGACAUACUGCAAUCGGUGGAUAAUGAAGUUAUAGAGUCAUUGCCAGGAAUGAUAUGUGUGCGGCCUUACAUCCCAGCAUCAAGGAAGCUGCUUAACUUAACUGCGAGAUGGUACAAGGAAUGGACUACAAAGUACCCUACUUCAGCAUUAACGGAGGUAAGUGUGCUUGCUAUAUGGGCAUACGACACAGUUUGGGCACUUGCAGAGUCUAUUCAAAAGGUUGGGGUUCAGUCGUCAUUAGCUGUCCCGCAAUUUGAUUCCAUGCUUCUACACAAGAUCUCAAAAUCCACAUUUCAGGGGUUAAGUGGUGAGUUUAGAUUUUUUAAUAGAAAGCUAGUCUCCAAUGGAUUCAAAAUUGUGAAUGUUAUAGGCAACGGAAAUGGAAGGGGGUCUACCAUCUCCCCAAAACGUCGGAUACUGCAAUCGACUAGUGAUAAAAAGCUGAAAGUUGGCGUUCUAGCACGGAAAAAGUUUAGCUACUUUAUAGAUACAUAUUAUGACGAUUUGACCAAUAUUACAAUUGCCUCCGGAUUCUCUGUAGAUGUCUUCAAUACUUGCAUUCAUGCUCUACCAUUUGAUGUAUCGUAUGAGUUAGUUCCAUACACCAAUGGAUCUUAUAAUGACCUUGUAAAGAAAGUUUAUGAUCAAGUGAUUGAUGCUAUCUUAGGUGAUACAACAAUUCUUGAAAACAGAUCUCACUAUGUUGACUUCACAGCGACUUACACAGAUUUGGGCGUAGGAAUGCUUACAAGAAUUAACCAUAAUGACAUGUGGAUUUUCCUGAAGCCGCUCGAUGUGGAUCUUUGGCUAGGCUCUAUAGUUUUUGCUAUCCUUACAGGGUUCACCAUUUGGGCUAUUGAGUCUAUGAAUAAAGGGUCCCAAAUAUCACCUGCUAAGCAAAUUGGAUCAACCUUUUGGCUCCUUCUAAUGACCCUAUUCUUUGCUCAAAGAGACAGGCUGUCAAGUAACCUGUCAAAGUUUGUGGUGUUUGUUUGGUUACUGGUUGUCCUAAUUCUGAUCUCGAGUUACACUGCAACAUUUGCUUCUUUGCUAACUGUUGAACAGCUUAAGUUAGCAGCAGUGACUAUUAGCAAUGUGCAUUUUGGAGAUUAUAGAGGUAGACCAUACUAUUCUUAUGAAGAGUAUGCAGAUGCUUUAUCAAGAGGUGGAAAACAUGGUGGUGCUGAUGCAAUCAUUGAUGAAAUCCCCUACAUCAAGAUGUUUCUGGGAAAGUACUCAGCUGAUUAUGCCAUGAUUUUACGUGAAGAUGUUACAUCUGGUUUUGGCUUCGUAAGUACCUAUUUAAAACAUUAUAUAAAAGUCGCA